AACAACAUAGCAACAUGACUUGAUGUCAAGAAACAAUCCUUGAGUUCAUUUGUAGCUUGGGACGGCUACUGAAAAGUAAGUGACACAAUGGGUGCUUCUCAUUUCUUAUUUGUGCAUCCUCAUUUCCUUUCUACGCUUCCUUUCCUUGCAUCUUAGCUCCACCCCCUUAGGAUGUGAGGGAAGGAUGCAAGGAUGAAAUGGGUGGAGAGAGGAAUCUCUCAAGCAUCCCUUCAAAGACAUCAAUUAAUGAUGACUGUGCUCCGCUGGAUUACCUCACUGUGCUUCAGGGAUCUGCCGUUAUGCUUUUUUUUUUUUUUUUGAUGUGCCGUUAUGUUGCUGGAGUUUGGUUAAUAACAACAUUCUUAAUAAAAUUAAAUGCACUGAUAGUAUGUGAAAUGUCUGGGUUAUUCAACAACGAAUUAAUAAACAAUACAUAAAUUAUCGCACCUUUUGUGCAGCUUUGCAUAUCCAAACAUGCAAGGAUCAAUUAAUUACAAUACUCAUUGCAAGCAUAUUAUUAUUUAAUUAUACUUCACACAAAAUUCCAUCACAUCAUCAAAGGACUUUUUGUUUGAGAUUGUGGCAGAUGGAAAGGAGGAGGGGAAUUUAUUCGUGCUUCAGGUUUUUCAACAAGAAACACUUCCACAUAGGACACACCUGUGUAUCCUCACUCCUAGCUCCUCACAGUGCAAUUAGAGAACUGAUAUGUCCUUCAAGAUGGCUGACUAAGAACGAUUUCCGGGUCACGGGCUUGAGGAGCAAGGAAAUGACGAAGCAUCAAUUUGAAUAUUGAGAAGCACCCAAUAUCUCACUCACGGCUUGACAUUUUAGCUUUAAAUUUAGUAUCUCCUUGGGAACAAACGCUGAUGGUCCCAGUGGCUUCUGGUCUUCCACCAUCACUAAGGAAUGUAUCCAAAGCACUUGGCCCCCAUAUUGUUUUCUUUGUAUAUUGUUAGGCACCAUUAUGUAAAUUAUGUAAGUUAAUAUGUAAAUUAGACAUAAUUCCCUUCAAAUGCUAUUGAGCUUUAAAUUAUGGUAUAUUUUGUGUAUGGGCCCAUUCUGUAGUGAAAUACAUGGUAAUAUUUAUAUAUGAUUUAAUAGCUUAUUUUGAUAAAUAUCAAAAAUCGAAGAGGUGUGCAUUAUAGCUGACACCUAGAUGAACACUUCACAGUUGGUUGUGUAACUGUAAGUCAUUCUCUUCAAAUGCUAUUUAAGUUAGAAACGUGUAUAACAAUGUCGUCUGUAACUUUAGAGACGGUCCCUUAAUUUCCGCAUAUCCGCGAAUAUCGAACGUCCAACGUCAAACCAACUUUAUUCCAGUACACUAUGCUCGUUUUAAACUACUCUCAGCACACAGUUUUUAGAGCGAUUUUUCACCCUGAUUUGAUCAGAUUUAAUUCAGCUUGUGCAACUUGCCCCUGGUUAGAGAACUAACUAAAAAGGCAAGCCUGUGGCAAGUUUAGCACACGAUAGCAUUAAAGCAGAAAAGAGAUUACGUGCCAUACCUCCGUUUAUUCUAAAAAUCCUCCCAUUUCCAAUGGAGCUCAAACCUAAACGGCCUUGUGCUCUGAACACGGCGGUUUGUUGUAGUUCGAGAGGGAGAAAUGAUUGCUGGGGUUUGUAGUUAAAGAUAUUGUAGUCAGAAACAUGACUGCAGUGUAGUGAACGAAUCUCAAGAUGGCGCCAAACACCACGUACCACUAUAUGAACCUAAGGGUUAUGUAGCACAUUAGUAGCACAAAUCUACAUUGACAAAUGCAGAUUAUUUGCCUGUGUGCACAUGCCUGAUCAGUCUAAUGUAGGCUGUGUGAGUGGAUCAGUGUUUAUUUGGCUGCCUAGAGGACCAUGGGACCACUUUACCAUCUGAAAAAGAUCAAUGCAACAAGAUCAAUCUGCUGGAGCUCUUUUCCAUCAGUUCUGUCCAUGUUACAUGGGUUAGGCUGCAAAAGAAAAGUCUUACAGAUUGGGACACGGACCUCUCAAGCACAGACGCACAAAGAAAAUAUAACAGCAGAGAAGAAGCCGCCACAUAGUAGGAUUGGGAAAUGACAAACUUUACUGAGGAAGACCUGGACCAUUAUUUACAGAAUCAGGUGGAUCUCAGACACCGGCAGGUCGCUAAAUCUGUAGAGGAAGUGCAAAAAAUAGUCAAUGAACUAACUGCUGAGAUCAGUUCAAAGGAUACCCGCUUCAGUUCCAUUGCCAACACAGGAGUUCACUGUAACAGCUUCAAAGAUCAGCCUGCUCUAGCAUUAAAAUGGGCUGCAUUACUUCAAGGAAGGGGUACUUACAAUCCUUCCAUUCAGGUGCUGACCCCCACUCUGUUCCUGAUAUCCGUGCCAAUACGUGGUCUUACAGGUUAUAAGGAGAGACGAGCUCAUCAGUGGCGGUAUUACACACUGAGUGGUUCACAGCUUCUUUCACCAGUCCGAGAACCAGAGAAGCUGCAUCAGUGGUUGGAACUGGAAAGCUUCACUAACCCCAUUCAGGAGUGGCAUGAUGCCCAUGUGGCCAUCGAAGGUGAUCUUGUGCCCUCCAAAGUAGUCAGUGUCUUCAAGGAGCAGGUAGAAGCAGCUAUUAAGACCUGUGGGCUGACAGAAAAAUUGAGCAUGCAGGAGUCACUGGGCUCAGUAGUGCGUGUGGCGGUAGAGAUAUCAGAAGUACAGAUAGAAGUAGAGCUGGUGCCCACAGUUGAGGUGAUGAACUGCUGGCCUAAGAGAGCCCGCUGGCCUCGUCUUCUACAGAGGUGGCCUUCUAAAGAGUGUGCUCGCUGUAUUAAGUCUUUUGGUUUCAACCUUAUGGCUACUUCUAAUUACCACUGGCUGCUGUCGUUCUCACGGGCAGAGCAGGUGCUGCUGGCUGGUAUAGAUGAAGAUGGUGGCUGUAGGAGGAAGUGUUACAGGGUGGUGCGACAGCUGAAGGAGGAUGUAUGGUGUCCAGGGAGCAAACCUGUCAUCACUACCCACCAUUUACAAACUCUGCUGUUCUGGACGUGUGAGAAGUACCCUAGCACCAGGGAUUGGUGCAACUUACGAGAGUGUGUGCUGCGUCUGGUGCAGAAGCUGCAUAAAUGUGUGUCGCAGCGCUACCUCAGACACUACUUUGUAUGCACCUACAACCUGCUGAAGUACACCAACACGAACGAGCUAGAUGAUAUGGCCAAGAAGAUCUCAGAGUUCCUCAGCAAUCCAAGCACCUAUAUUCAUUAGGAGCUCUUUUAACUUUUUAUAGUAUUCGAUUAUUUGAGUAAUGUGUAAUGUGGCAUUACUAGCUUGGUACAUAAUAGAAAUACAUUGAUGUGCAGUGAUAACUAAUGUUAAGGUCAAAUGUGUAGAUGAUACUGUAGUAGAGAGUGAGAAUUCAGCACAGUUACAUUAUGUAGGUAUUAGUUGUUUUAAUACAUGAAAGUUGAAUAAAGAAGGCUAAUUGUAUGUUAUUGAGACUUACAGUAAUAUGAAUGUUUUUCAUAGUUCAAACAGUACCUAUGCAAUGUCCUAGACAUCCCUAUCUCUAUAGAACUAUUACUAUUAACAUGAUCAUGAUCCACUUAGAUCAAGUCAAGUCAAGUCAAGUGUGUUUUUAUUGUCAUUCCUCUAUAUAGCUUGUACGCAUUAUUUAUACAACACAA